AUGACUGCGCAAAGUCCCCAAGAGGACAUCAAAAUUGUAUAUGAAAAUACGUGUUACAGUCUUCCCCUUCCGCAACGCUCUUUUUUCUAUGACGAGACUAUCGGCAUCAACACAAAGCGAGUCAAAACGAUUCACUUGAUAUUGGCGUUGUGCCUUAACAUCGGGACGGAGUCUCCCGAUCAAGUCCGACAGAAGGAUGCGGCUUCCAAAGAGUGUUGGACAGAGACUGCUGGGAAGACAAAUCGGAAGUUGGUGUAUGACAUAGCGGCCAAUCUUUCUGACCAAUACCGGUCAUGGCAAAAUGGGUCGAAAAUAGAACCUUGUUGUGAUCCAACAUAUGAAGACGUCAGAAGACUGUGUUUGACCUUUCGACGAAUGGCAGAUUCAGAUCGAAUUCUCUUUCAUUAUAAUGGACAUGGCGUUCCUCUCCCGACUCUGAAUGGCGAGAUUUGGUUCUUCGAUAAAGAGUUCACUCAAUACAUCCCUUUACAAAUUUAUGAGUUGUUACAAACACUCGGCGCACCAAGUAUUUACAUUUUCGAUUGUAAUUGUGCAGGGAGGAUUAUCACGUGGUGUAAGAAGUAUUCACAAAGCAAACAAAAAAAAUCAAAGAAAAACACAGACCAAUUCAUGUUCUUGGCAUCGUGCCAAGACGACGAAAUGCUGCCAACUAAUCCCUUUUAUCCAGCAGACUUGUUUACAUCGUGUCUCACAACUCCACUCAGAGUCGCAGUGCUCUUUUAUAUCCAAAAUUCACUGUUAAUGAAUUGGGACCCACAAAUCAUCGACAGAAUUCCAGGUGUUCUCAACAAUAGAAGAACUCCUCUCGGAGAGUUGAACUGGAUUUUCACCGCCGUCACCGACUCCAUCGCGUGGAAUGUCCUCCCUCGGUCUUUAUUUUACAAGUUGUUUAGACAGGACUUGUUAAUUGCAUCUUUGUACAGAAACUUCUUUUUGGCGCAGCGUGUGAUGCAGUCUUUGAAGUGCAAACCGAUAUCAUACCCACAAUUGCCCGAUGCUUCCAAUCACUAUUUAUGGGUUGUUUGGGAUCGCGCGCUUGAACUUUGUUUGUUACAAAUCAACAACCAUUGCAGCAGUUUCAACGAUUCGACGUCUUCCUUUUUUGAAGAGCAAUUAGUCGCGUUUGAAGUGUGGCUCCAGUCCGAUUCCAUCGUUAAUUGCACAGCAGAGCAACUUCCUAUUUUGUUACAAGUUCUCUUGUCACAAACACUCAGAGAACGAGCCCUCAAACUCCUUUGUCGAUUCUUAGAUUUAGGGCCAUGGGCUUGUGACCAAGCACUUGAAGUUGGGAUCUUCCCUUAUAUUCUGAAGUUAUUAAGUUCGACGACCUCCGUUGAUUACUUUGAAUUUUUAGUCUUCUGUUGGAUGAAGAUUCUCGUAGUCGACGAGAAGAAGACGUUCCAUCAGAACUUGAUACGAGAGAAUCACCAGCUCUACUUCUUGAACAUAUUGAGGAACAACCAAGGCAAUAUCAAUUCAAACACCAACGAGUACUGCUUCUUUGUGUUAUCUACAUUACUCGAAGACAACACCCCAGUCAAAACAACACUCAUCCAACAAGACAUCUUGUCUAUCAUCACGUUCUACAUGAACAGUGAGAACGUUGAAGUGCGGUCGUGGGCUCUAUUAUGUCUAAGUAAGCUCUGGGAAGGGUGUGUUGAGAUCAAGAUACGCGCAUUCAAAAAAGGUGUCACCGAUUGUGCUAUUAAGAUGCUAAUGGACCCAUCACCCCGUGUUCGAGUCAGUCUGCUGAAUUGUUUGACAACCCUAUUUAGUGAGCCAAUUGCAGACUUGGGAGAGUUCCCGAAGGUAGUUGUGUUGAAUGUCGCUGUUGUCGUCCACGACGCGUGUCCUCGUGUACGAGAGCAUUUGUUGGUGUUAUAUCAGCGCCUUGCUAAAGUACUUGUUGGCUCUGCAAAUGACUUUGACAUCUUCCAACAAACAGUAGAGCGGUGUUUACAAGACCCCGACAUGGACGUGUGCAAUGCGGCCGAGAUCUUGAAUGGGAUUUUAGAAGUGUAUUCUAUGAAGGAUGAGCAGCUGCGGUCUGUGUCUCCCAAAAGGAAAAUUGCGCAAUUAACGAACAUCACAGUCAGAUUAUAUGAAGCUCGGGUGUAUGAGUUAUCGCAACCACUGUUAAAUAAGCAAGUUGAGAUAUCAUCUAAGACGAUGUGGUACCGCCGACAGUACUUAGAAAUGCGGACACAGUUCACAUUAAUUGGGUCUGAAUUUGAGGUGCAUCGAUUGAAGCAAGUGGGCCGUCUUGGGAAUGAAGAGGACAGCUCUUUUAACCCACGUACAAUGCUCUUCCACCCCACUCUUCCUUUGUUAGUUGUUGCUGGGAACAAAGGAUCGACAAUUAAAGUGUAUGACACCAGUGAUGAGAGCGUCGUCAAUAUCUGGAACAAUACAAAUCGUAAUGACAUUAACGUGACUGGUCUUGCGUGGAUCAAUCGCACUGAUAUUCCUUUAUUAGUCACGGGAAGUUCCGAUGGAAGUGUUCGUAUUUGGCGAGAUUGGGAUAACAAUGGGUCGAAUGUGUUAGUCUCGGGGUUCAAAGGAGUGAUGGAGGAGUGUCUACCAGACAUUGGGUGCAAAGUAGUGAGUCUUGGGGAUACCAAAUUACUCACCGCGGGGAAUAGCAUGAUUCGAAUAUGGGACUUAUAUAAAGAGGAAUUGGAAGGAAACAUCCGGAUGAAGUCUUCAGUGACAUGUGUGAAUGAAUACAAUGAGUUUACAGAUCAUAUGUUUGUUGUUGGGAGUGUUAAUGGCAAAGUCACUUUAUUCGAUAUGCGGUGUCAACCACAAGAAAGAGAAGUUAAGACUUGGAAAAUUUCACAUUCACCAGUUAUAGGCGCUUCAAGACCUACAUCAGGAAAUAUUGUGAUUGCUGGGGCUGUUGCGAGAGGAAAUGAUAAGUCAAUUGCUGCACUCAUUGAUAUGAGAACAAGUCAGUUGAGAACAGUCGAGGUCCCCCGUUUAACAAGUUUGGUUGCACAUUCAUCUGCUUCAUACUUUGUUGUUGGUAGUAGUGAGCAAUUUAUUCGAACAUAUAAUAGCGAGACAGCACGACUUAUACAAGAAAUUAAAUAUUAUGACGGGUUCUUUGGUCAUAGAAUUAAUCCAGUGAUCAAUAUGGCGAUUUCUCACUUCGGAUUUGAAACCGCAGUCACAACUACAGACGGCGGCGUUACUCUUUUUGGCUUUGAUUGA